AUGUCUCACCCGCCGUCGAGUUCCGUGGUAGUGGUGUUUGCACUUGUUUUCUCGUGCACAGCUUCGGCCUUCCUACAGUCUGGUCAAUCGCUGCUGCUGUCUCAUGGCACCUACGGCGGAGCCCCCGCCAUGAGACGACCUUUCGCUCACCACCAUUUUGCGGAUCGCCGGCACGAGCAUCACCAGCAGCAGCGGAAGCAUGGUGGCUGUGAGCGCCAUGAACGGCGGAGGAGGUCAAGAAUGCACGCCAACGCCUUUUCGGAGGAAGACAGCUACGCUACGCUGGCGGGCCUGGAGGAGAAGCAGGGCUCCUCCGACCUGGGCCUGAAGGUGGUUUCGAAAGCGAUCGACACGCUCUUCGCAUUCGAGCCAUUCUUCGACUACAUGGUGGUAGAGGCGCGCGAGAAGAUAGUGAAGCGGUCCUACACUCUCGGGGUGGGGUGGGCGGAAAACGUGGACGGCAUGAGGCGCAACAUGGACGAGCUCCAGGGCGAGUACGACCGGCUGCUGGACGCCAAGGUGUCAACCCCUUCCUACUACUACGCGCCGUUCCACUGCUACCCGGAGGGAAACCUCUCGUGGCAGGCCGCGCUCGAAGUCGAGCCCUCCGCCAUCUGUGUCCACGCCGACAUCUACACCGGGAAGAAGGGGGUGUACGAGCGCCACGGGGACGACAAGCUGCGGGGGAACUUUCACCAGAGGAUGAAGGAGAUGCUCAAGGGUCCCGAGCCCAAGGACAUCCUCGACAUCGGGUGUUCGACGGGACUGUCAACCCUGAAGCUGGCGGAGACCUUCCCGUUGGCGAGGAUCACCGGGGUGGACCUGUCGCCGCACAUGCUUGCCGUGGGGCGCUACUUCCUCCGGACGAGGGAGGAGCAGCGACACGCGAGGGGCAGGGUCGAGUACCUGCACGCCGCCGGGGAGAUGACGGGGAUGGGGGACGCGUCCAUGGACCUCGUCUCGUUGUCGCUGACGAGCCACGAGCUGCCGGCGGAGGCCACUAGAGAGGUCUUCCGAGAGGCGUUCAGGGUUCUCCGUCCAGGCGGCGCAAUCUCGUUCAUGGACAUGAACCCCCAGUCACCCGCGUUUCAGAAACUGGCCAACAACCCGUUCGCCUUCGCCGGCUUCAAGAGCACGGAGCCCUACCUGCAGGAGUACAUCUCGCUAGACCUGGGUAAGGAGCUAGAGGCCGCGGGAUUCAGGAAUCCGGAGGUCCGGUCCAACUCCACACGGCACCGCACGUGUGUAGCCUACGUCGACAAGUGA